UAGUGGUGUCACGUGACUUUUUUUAAGAUGGCGGCAAAUGUAUUACAGUAGAACCUGGGAAGUAUGAAAGCUGUGAAUUAGUCAACUUCCCCCUAUUUUUGCACUGUAUAUAUAUUUUUAUAUACAUUGUUUAUGUGUUUAUAUUUAUUAAAACAAAACAGGAAUUUAUGAUCAGUGUUUCAAAACAGUUAAAUUUUUUUAUGUUUUGUAAAAAUAAAUUCAUGAUAAGUUUUCGUUAUUAUGUAUGACGUUAACAAUCUACAAUAUUUAUUAAACUACUUGUAAAUAAAAUAGUUUAAUUUUAAUAAGUUUAAAAAUGUAUAAUUCCCUUAAGUGGACAAAAGCACUUAAUUUAUUAUUAAUUGUUUUGGGCUGUUAUGUUUUUGUUAAUACUGCUGAAAUUCGCCAAUUACCAUUCUGUGAUCAUGCCACAUCUGAUGAUGAUGAUAUUCCUCCACACAGUCUUUUAUUCGUUAGUACUUUGGAUGGAAAAGUAUCGGCUUUAAAUGCUGCCGAUCAUGGAAGAAAAGCAUGGUCCUUAGAUUUAGGAAAAGAGCCAAUGUUAUCGUCAAAUAUUCAUCAAAGAGAAUUAAACAAUCAUGGACAAUGGGUUCGAUUAAUUCCAUCAUUGAAUGGAGGAUUAUAUAAAUUUGAUGGUGAAAAUUUAGAAGCAGUGCCAUUAUCUGCAGAUCAAUUGUUAAAAUCUUCAUUUCGUUAUUCUGAUUUAGUUUUCUCCGGGGGAAAAGAAACUCGUUCAUAUGGUGUUGCUCUUUUAACUGGUGAAAUAUUGUAUAAAUGUGAUGUGCACGGUUGUAAAAAUACAACAGAAGGCGAAUCUUAUAUGAAUAAAGAAGUACUUAUUAUUCAACGGCAUCAACAAACUAUUCGUGCUGUUGAAUCUCAUUCUGGCCAUGAAAGAUGGAAUUUUAGUGUUGGUCAACAUGGUUUUUCACUGCCUCCAAAGACACAUAACAAUUGUCAUGGAGAAAAUAAAAGAAUUCCGAUUGAUAUUGAAAUAAAAGCAAUUAUUCCCGAAGGACUUGUAUGGGCUGUUGAUAAAAAUGAUCCUACAUUAAAAUUAUGGGAACACAAGUUCAGUUCUCCGAUUGUGACAAUAUGGCAAGAAGAUAACAAUAAUGAAAUGAAAGAUAAUUCUGGUGUUAAAGAAAUUAAUUUAUUUGAUAAUAGUGAAAAAUCAUCAAAUAGUGAAUUUUCAAUAAGCCCUGGUCUUUAUUUAGGAAUGCAUAAUAUGCAAUUAUAUGUUCAAGAAAAUCCAAAAUUAAAAUCAUUACUUGAACCCAGUGUUACAGUGAAAGAAUUAACACCCAUGUUUCCCUGGAAACCUUAUUCUGCAAUUGCUUUUUCAGAAAGAGAUAAAGAGAGAAUAGAAAAUAAAAUUUUAAUAGAAUCAAACGAUGAUGUUCAAUCCACUGCUUUGUCUGUCUUGUAUAGUUCAAACUAUAUAAAUGGAAAUGGAUUUUAUUUAUAUUCCAAGCAACAAUUAUUUAUCGGUAGUGAUAAUCAAUGUAAUAAUACAACAAUAGUAAAUAAAAUAAAUUCAUUUGAGAAACAAGACUCUUCAAAGGAUGAUUAUGAUGAAAAUGAAGAGGAUACAUCAGUACCAGUAAUUAUAAUUUCCCUUUGGUAUUGGUGGAAAGAAGUAUUAUUGAUUUCAAUUACAACAGCGAUUGUUUUAAAUUUUAUGAUAACACAAAGUCUUUUUAAUGCAUCUUCAGUUAUUAAAGACGCACUCGUUCCACCUUGUAUUAUUGAAACACAUGUAGAGAAAAAGGAAGAGAAUCAAAAAGCAAUUGUUGAUAAUAGUGGUGAAUUUACGUCUCGUUUUCUCUCUGAUUAUGAACCUGUUGAUUGUUUAGGAAAAGGUGGAUAUGGAAUUGUUUUUGAAGCAAAAAAUAAAGUUGAUGAAUGUAAUUAUGCAAUUAAACGAAUAACACUACCAAAUAGUCGCAACUCUAGAGAACGAGUUAUGAGAGAAGUUCGAGCACUUGCAAAAUUAGAUCAUCAAAAUGUUGUUCGUUAUUUUAAUGCAUGGAUAGAGUGUCCUCCAAUUGGUUGGCAAGAGGAACAUGAUAAAUUUUGGAUAAAUAAAGAAAAACUUUCAAGUUCUGAUUUUAUUUCAAGCUCAUAUCUUAGUGAUAUAAAAUCAUCAAAUUCCGUUCAUGUUAAUAUUCCACCUAGUGAACAAUCUUCCGUGGAUAGUGCUUUUGAAGCAUUAAAAUUAAAUAACAAGGAUAGUGAUUCAUUUAUAGUAUUCCAAACUCAUGAAAGUGGACGAUUGCAAGAUAUUGACGGAUCUCAAGAAUACAGUCAAAAUUAUACAAGUGAUAUUCAAGAUGAAGAAGAAGAUGAAUUACCGGAAAAUAUUGAAGAAUUGACUGUUAAUAAAAUUCACUACGAUAGUACAGAAUCAAUUAUUUUUCAAGUAACUCAAAGUGAAAGUGAAAAAAGAAAAGAGAGAAAAGCAUCAUUGAGCUUAAAUUUACAGGAUAGAAAACUUGUGAAAAAAUCUGCUAAAAUGUUUCUUUACAUACAAAUGCAAUUAUGUAAAAAAAUGAGUUUAAGAGAAUGGUUAAAGGAACAAAAUAGAUCAAGAGAUACAAUUCAUGUAUUGAAUAUUUUCCAACAAAUUGUCAAUGCUGUGGAAUAUGUUCAUUUACAGGGUCUUAUUCAUCGUGACUUGAAGCCAUCAAAUAUUUUUCUGUCAUUUGAUAAAAAAGUGAAAAUUGGAGAUUUUGGAUUAGUUGCAAUGACAGAAAGUUAUGAUGAUGUUCAUACACCAUGUGAUACUCUUGAAGUAACAUCACAAGAGGGUGUUCAACAUACAGCAAGAGUUGGAACACGUUUGUAUAUGUCACCAGAACAAAUGAAUGGCAAAAGAUAUAAUUAUAAAGUAGAUAUCUAUUCAUUAGGUAUUAUUCUUUUUGAAUUAUUAAUUCCAUUUUCAACUGAAAUGGAAAGAAUUGUAGCUUUGACAAAUUUGAGGAAUUUGAUUUUUCCCGAAAAUUUUGAAGCUCAAUGUCCAACAGAAUUAUCAUUAUUAAAAAUGAUGCUAAAUGAAGAUCCAUCAAAAAGGCCAACUACUUUAGGAAUUAGAUCUAGAUUAUCUACUUCUAAUAAUAAGGAAACAAAUAAUGAAUUACAUGCUGAUGAUAAUGAAAAAUUUCACUUUCAUUGGCCACAAAUGAGUAGAAAUUCUUCAGGAACGGGAAGUAGUAAUAGUGGUAGUAAUUCCGUUUCAUGGGAAUUUAUAUCGUAGACGUAUGAAUGAUGUGAUGAAUUUUUUUUAUAGAAUUAAUUUAUUGAAUGGAUUAUAUCUGGUUAAAAAGAUCUCAAAUAAAUUGUUUUUUACACUUUUCAAAUAAUUACAAACAACAUUUUUCUUUACAAAAAUAUUAAAUUUGAAUAAAUUAUAUUUUAUAAGAAAAUAUUUUGAUACUUGUCCUUAAUAAUUUAAAAAAAUAUAUUACUAGGUAUAUAAAUAAAAGUAUGUAAAUGUAAAAAUAAUUAUUAAAUUCUUUUGAUUAGAUAUGAUUCUUCAAUAAAAAAAAAUAUAAUAAUAAGACUGUAGGCAAUUGAUAAAAGUGAUAAAAAUUUGAUUAUAAUUUUAAAUGAGUGAUUGAAGAAUAAAUAUGAAAGUGUAUGAAUAAUUGGUAAACAAAAAUUGUAAUAUUAAUACUGUUUUCUAGUAAAGCCCUGUAAACUGUCAUGAAUGUUGAAUAUGAGUGAAAAAUACUGAUUUUAUAAUUAAAAAAACAUAAUUUAUUCAUCACAUAUCCAUUAUCUAAAUUUCAUAAUUUUUUUCGCUAAUUUAUUUUCACUCGUUAUUUUCAUAUUUCCCCCAUUUUUGUUUUUAUUAUACCGUGUUAUUUAGAUGUUAUGUUUCGAAUUGACGUAGUUUUACUGAAAUAUAAUUAAGAUUUAUGGAAAUAAAUAUUUUUAAAAUUUAUAUAAA